AAAAAUGGCAAGCUUAGAUUUUGUGUAGAUUUUAGAAAAUUAAAUAAUGUGACAAAGAAGGACACCUAUCCCCUAUCAAGGAUUGAUGAUAUGUUGAAUAAUCUUGGUAAUGCUCAAUGGUUCAUAUCUUUAGACUUGACUUCUGGAUAUUGGCAAGUAAAAGUCAAAGAAGAGGACAAGGAAAAGACUGCAUUCAUUACUAAAUAUGGUCUUUAUAAAUUUAAUGCUAUGCCUUUUGGAUUGUGCAAUGCACCAUCUACAUUUUAA